UUUUUUUUUUUUUUUUUUUUCACCUCUCUGAUCUCUGUUUCUUCGAGACAACAAUGGCGAGCGGAAUCCUGAGGAGGGCAAUAGCUAGGGUUUCUGCAACUUCACCUUCAAGAUUCGUUCGAAUUCGAGCACAUGCUUCGGCUGCCGAAGCGCAGCAAGUCGAGCAGAAAGUGGCCGCCUCAACGAACCUAAAGACAUUCGCAAUCUACCGAUGGAACCCUGAUAGUCCUUCCAAACCAGAGCUUCAGGAGUACAAGAUCGAUCUCAAAGAGUGCGGCCCCAUGGUGCUAGAUGCGCUUAUCAAAAUCAAGAACGAGGUCGACCCGACUCUGACCUUUCGCCGUUCGUGCCGAGAGGGGAUCUGCGGCUCCUGUGCGAUGAACAUCGAUGGAUGUAAUGGAUUGGCUUGCUUGACCAAGAUUCCGUCCGGAGCUUCCUCGACGAUUACGCCGCUGCCUCAUAUGUUCGUGAUCAAGGAUCUGGUGGUGGACAUGACCAAUUUCUAUAACCAGUAUAAGAGUAUUGAGCCGUGGCUGAAGAGGAAGAGCGAGCCGCCUGUGCCUGGGAAGGAGAUACUUCAGAGUAAGAAAGAUAGGGCUAAGUUGGAUGGAAUGUAUGAGUGUAUAUUGUGUGCUUGCUGUAGUACAUCGUGCCCCAGCUAUUGGUGGAACCCGGAGUCCUACCUCGGACCAGCCGCUUUGCUCCAUGCCAAUAGGUGGAUAAGCGAUAGCCGUGAUGAAUAUACCAAAGAAAGACUUGAGGCAAUAAAUGAUGAAUUCAAGCUCUAUCGUUGUCAUACUAUUCUGAACUGUGCCCGCGCAUGUCCCAAGGGUUUGAACCCUGGAAAACAGAUUCAAAAUAUCAAACAACUUCAGCUUGUGGGUUGAGCCUAAGUUUCUAGGUACAAUGAAGCACAAUAAUGUUCUUUUCAUUCAGUUCGGAUAUAUUUGAGGAGAUGAACUCUGUGAUUUUGAUAUAAUAACUUGUGGAUCACUUACUUUCCACCCAUUCUGUACUUAUCAUUUGGGUUUGCAAAUAAAUGUUGAUAGAAACCUUGUUUUCUUCUUGAGUUGCUGUAUCAAGAUCUUCCUUUAUUCAUCAUAUUUG